GAGGGGAGGUAGCUAGGAAAAGAAAAAAAGAAAAUAGUUCGAGAGGAGGAAAAAUAGGUAAAAGAGAGGGUCUUUGAUCAUGACGGCAAAUGAGUUCGUAACCUCACAAAUAUGAAUAAGAGUUAUAGAUUGAGAAGGGAAUUGAAUGUUCGAUUUAAUUACAUGUUAUGGUAAGGUGGGUAUAAAUUAUGCCUUUUAUUUUACAUAUGUUACGCGGUUGAUUGCUAUGUGUUAGAUUGAAGUGAAUAUUUGGAUAGUAUGAUAUGAACUCAUGUAGUAUAUGUUAUUUGGAUUUAUUUGGUGGAAUACGAAAUGGAUAUGUGAGUGGUGCAAUGGACAUAUUUUCAUAUAGCAUUAGAAUUAUCUGCAUUAUUGAAUUAAAGAAGAUCUGUGACAGUCUUGCCCUGGAUCUGAAAUUACAGUAGACAUAUUGGGACCUUCGGGUCAAUCACAGUGUGACCUUCGGGUCAAUCACAGUGGGACCUUCAGGUCGAAUCAUAUUGGGACCUUCAGGUCAAAUCAUAUUGGCAUAUUGGAAAUCCCAGGCAGAUACCAGGCUUGAUUUGUCAUAGAAUAAUAAACUGGACAGAGAGGCAUAUGCAUAUGGAUCUGAAAUUGCUUAUGAUAUUUGACGUCAUUUAUAUAUGUUGGUUUAGAAUAUUUGUAAAUAAGCCUAGUAAAUGAUGGAUUUUGUAAUUAUAGAAUUUGGAUGGUGAUGAAAUUGGUAUAUUAUUUCUUUGCUUAAAUUUGUGUUUAUUUAUUGUAAGCAUAUACGUUAUAAGGGUUAGGGUGUGACAAUUAAAACUCCCAGCCAUCAAAAACGUCUCCUUCAUCAAUUCUAAACAGCAAACUCUUCCCCUCUAUACUUAUCAAAUCGUCACACUAUCUGUCUCUCAAAAACUCACGCUUUCUCUCUCUGUCAUCUUCUACAAUUCAUAAAACAGAACAAUCCCAAUUCCCAUCUCUUCUUCCUCUCUUUCCUAUCACACUCCGAAACACCAACUCGGCUCCCACCGUAGCUCCCUCUCUAAAUCUCACUUCACAGAAGCACAAAAAUCCUACUCCAGUCACAACUCUCUCUCUCGCUCGCUGCUGUACCAGCAGCCGCUGUCUCCCUCCCGUCGUGAGUCCGCCGUCGAGCAGCCGCUGUCCGUCGACCCCACUGCCCAGCCCGUUCACGUCAGCAACCUCGCCUAAUUUGGACGAAAAUGGAAGUUAGCGGCGACAGCCCAGCUGAAGCAAGCAAGUCGAAAUCGAAAACGCCUAGAAAGCCCAAAGAUGCCCAGCUUCUCAAACAGAAAUCUCCGGCGGAGUUCUUUGCAGAUAACAAGAACAUUGCCGGAUUUGAUAAUCCUGGAAAAUGUUUGUACACAACUGUUAGAGAGCUUGUUGAAAAUGCACUUGAUUCAGCUGAGGCUAUUGCGGAGCUUCCCGUCAUAGAAAUAACAAUUGAAGAAAUUGGGAGAAAUAAAUUCAACUCCAUGAUUGGUCUUGCUAAUCAUGAACGGGUUGAUGAAGCGCUAUACGAUGACUUUGAGACAGACAAGGCUCGUGAGAAAAGACUUGCCAAGGAAGCUCGCUUCCAAGAGACUCAAGCAAAGAAUGCUGCUCUUGGGAAGAAAGUUAAAGCACCAACAGCUUUUAAGCCCAUAAAAAGUCGUGAGGCCUCAUAUUAUCGGGUCACUUGUAAGGAUAAUGGAAGGGGAAUGCCGCACGAUGAUAUCCCAAACAUGUUUGGCCGAGUCCUCUCUGGAACUAAGUACGGCUUAAAACAAACCAGAGGAAAAUUUGGACUUGGUGCGAAGAUGGCUCUUAUCUGGUCCAAGAUGAGUACUGGGCUGCCUAUUGAAAUUUUUUCUUCAAUGAAAGGCCAUACAUUUUCAUCGUUUUGCCGAUUAGAUAUUGAUAUUCAUAGGAAUAUUCCUCACAUACAUGUCCAUGAGAAAAGAGAGAAUCAUGAAAGGUGGCAUGGAGCUGAAAUUCAGAUUGUAAUCGAGGGAAACUGGACAACCUAUCGUUCCAAAAUAUUGCAUUACAUGCGUCAAAUGGCUGUCAUUACUCCAUAUGCACAAUUUCUUUUCAAGUUUCUGUCAGAGUCUCCAGAUAAAAAUAUGAGUGUGAGAUUUGCUAGAAGGACAGAUGUAAUGCCACCUGCUCCUCUUGAGACCAAGUACCAUCCUUCAGCAGUUGAUUUGCUUUUGAUAAAAAGACUUAUUGCUGAAACUUCAAAGCAGAAUCUUUUGCAGUUUCUUCAGCAUGAGUUUGUGAAUGUUGGGAAGUCCCAUGCUGAGCGUUUAAUUGGAGAAAUGGGUCCAGAUUUUACUCCCAAAAUGGCUGUGAAGUCUCUAACAUCUCAGCAAAUUGUUCGCAUCCAUCAGUUGUUCCGUCAAGCAAAGUUUGAUGAUCCCAGUGGUGAUUGUCUUAGUCCUGCUGGAGAAUAUAAUCUACGUCUAGGGAUCAUAAAGGAACUGCAUCCGGAUAUGGUUGCUACGUAUUCAGGAAGCGCUCAAGUAUUUGAGGGCCAUCCUUUCAUUGUGGAAGCAGGACUCAGUUUGGGUGGAAAAGAUGUAAAACAAGGCCUUAAUGUUUUCCGGUUUGCCAACCGGAUUCCACUUCUGUUUGAGCAAGGUGCUGAUGUUGUCACCAGAACUGCUGUAAAGAGAAUCAAUUGGAGCAAUUACAAGAUCAACCAAGCACAAGACAAGAUUGGUGUCUUUGUGAGCAUUGUUAGCACCAAAAUUCCUUUUAAAGGGACUGGGAAGGAGUACAUUGGUGAUGACAUUAGUGAGAUAGCCUCGGCUGUCAAGACAGCUAUUCAGCAGUGUUGCAUCCAGCUAAAAUCCAAGAUCGUGAAAAGAAUACAGGCUCGUGAGCAGCAAGAGAGAAAGCGAAGUUUGAACAAGUACAUUCCUAAUGCCACAAGUGCGAUUUAUGAAAUACUAAAGGAGAUGUCCCAUGCUUCGAAGAGAAGACGUUACGAGGGAAAGGAUGCAGAAUUACUGAAACAAGUUUCAACUCAAAUAGUGACUGAGGGAACAUUGCGAGAAAAGCUUGCUCAACACGUGGAGCAGGUCGAUUAUGAGAUGGCCCUGGAAUAUGCAACGCAGGCUGGUGUCAAUGAGGAACCCCGCGAAGACAUAUUCAUACCUCCAUUGGAAGCUGAAUAUGAGUGCACUGAGCUUUUUAGUCCUAUUUUUGUUUUCAGGCUCGUCGCUUAGUUUCGUGUCUCCUAUGUUUUAUUUUCUAGCACGCAUAUUGUUAGUAAUGUUAUCUUAAUGAAUUACAUGUUUUAAAGCUUGUAAGAUUUUUGUGUCUUUCAUCAAGGAAAAGCGAAUCUUUAUUUCCAA